AUGAGCGAUGACUCAUCCAAGGUCCUCAACCACGAAUCGCUGCAAGUCCUGAAGAUCAUAGCUCGAAGGUCAAUCAGUGAUCAGUCCAUGUUGGAGUCACAGACUGGAGACCUACAGAAGCAUAUGUCGUUGAUCCAAAACAAUAUUAAAUUCACUGCCAACAGCAUUAUUGAAGUGAACGACGCUACAGCAAGACUUCUGAUGCAGCUAUCUCAGAAGUACAGGAAUAUGAUUGCAACAUUGAAGAGAGCGGAGGAAGAAACAAUGUCCAUUGUCAAAGGCAAAGAGAUGAAACUCAUUAACUCCUUAAAUGAAAGCAUGAGCAACCAUGAGAAGGAAGCUCAGGAAGUUCAGUCAGUGAUUGAUCAACUCUCCUCCCUUUCCAAAAGCGGGGGCAUUUACCAAAUCGUGCAGGCUAAACAAGACAUUUCCACAAGUGUUCAGGCUGUGCUGAAGAAACCACUCCCGAAAGUCAUGACAAUCAAAUUAGACGAUAACUUCCGAGGCCUAACGGAGGCAGCCAACAAACUGGAGAGCAAGCUGGUGGAAUUUCUGCUUCAAAAGUGGGCCAGAAACAUCACUCUGGAUGCAGAAACCUCCCAUCCGACCCUGGAAAUCACCGCCAAGGGCAAAGCGGUUUCAGUCAGAGAAAAUCCCCUGGUCGUUCCCCCAAACCCAAAGCGAUUCACUCACGUGACCAUCGUGUUGGCCUCUGAGGGGUUUAACACAGGGAAGCAUUACUGGGAAGUGACCGUGCAGGAUAAAUCCAAUUGGAGUGUGGGUGUCGUGAAGGAGUCCAUGCCUAGGAACGAAAACAGCAAUCUGAUGAACAGCCCGUGGGCCUGGUCGGUGGCCUCCCAGCAACCACGGUACCUGGCGUGGCACAACAGUAUGUCCACACCCCUGAACGUGAGCCAGCUGCAGAAGCUUGGUGUGUUCCUGGACUAUGAGGCGGGUCAGGUGGUCUUUUACGAUGCCAGCACCAUGGCACAGCUGUACACGUUUUCCGAGACCUUCGCCGAGACUAUCUACCCGGCCUUUAAUCCAGGGAACAGCAGUAAUAAGGAAAAGAACGCUACUUUGAUCAUACAUGAUGUUGGGAGUGGGUAA